AGAAAUUCUGCCCAACAUGAGUGCUGACUUUUCACGUUCUGCCGGCCAAUAUAGAGAUCUGGAUGAUCCUAGAGCUCGUGAAUCAGAUUAUGGGAAAGGGGAGCGAAGGUACAAGGAUCUAGACGACCCGCGAGAACAAGACAGAGGGUACCGGGAUCGUUAUGGAGGUAGGCGCCGAGACCCAGGCGAUCGACGAGACGGUGAACGACGAGACAGAUACCGAUCGCGGCACUCCCGUUCUCGGUCACCCAGAAGAUCACGCUCUCCGCGAAGACGAGACGACAGCUAUGAUCGUGGGCGAGACCGCGAUUACCGAAGGAGUCGCGAUGAUGGCCGAGGAAGGGAAUAUGAUAAUGGUCGACAUAGACGGCGGGAAGAUAGUAUGGGUCGCGACGAUGAUAGACGGGAACGGGAUAGAGCAAGAAGACGCGAAUCCUCUCGUAGCUCGGAAAGAGAUCGCCGUCGACCACGCUCGCCUUCUCCAACUACCUCAUCUAAGCGCGAUGAAACCCCACAAGUGACAGAUGACAUGGACGAGGAGGCAAAAAUGAUGGCCUUGAUGGGAAUUACUGGAUUCGAUUCCACACAUGGAAAGAAGGUUGCCGGGACGGAUGUGAGCGCGGUGUCGAUCAACAAGCAGCGAACUUAUCGCCAGUAUAUGAAUCGACGGCGGGGUUUUAAUCGCAAUCUAUCUCCUACGAGAUGACACGGGCAAUACAUACUCGACUUGCGUGCGUAGCAACAAUGAUGAUGCACGGUGGGCUUCUUUAAGAUAUUCAGCGGUUUGCGAGGAGGCGUAAUUUCCUGCGCAAAUGAUUACCACGUUGUUCAAUGUGCGGUCUGUGAAACAGAAGUGAGCCGAGUUCUUUAUUCAUGCUGAGUCUGUCAAUCUGUCCUUUUACGAAUAUUCCGGCUCGCUUUGUUGCUUGUCAUCUUCCGCUUUUUAAAUGUAGCAGUUGCAGGUCCUGGAGCGUCCUCCUCUCCCAUAUCUGUUGACAAUGUCUUCUCCUUGACUUUGAAUGAAGCUACAUGUUCCUCUGGCUCUUC